AUGCGUCGUCUGUCCCGCAUGAAGGGUUUUUUGUCUCCAACUCUUUUCGUUCGUCAUGGCAGCUCGUCAUGGUGGCUUUCUCGGCUUCUCUAUGGCGCCAAUGCGUCCCCGCUCCUUGGCGAAUGGGACACGGCAAAUAGCAAGGAGAAGGGGAAGCUCGACGACGCGGUGCGGGUGUUGUACUGCAAGGCUCUUGUUCAUGCAAGCGGAGGUGGGCGAUUGGCGCGCGAUUGGGUAGCCGGCUGCUCUGCUGUUGUGGGUGCCUCGGAAAAACUAUUGGGUAUUGCACUGAAGCACGACGGAACGGAGCAGGACGUGGAGCGCUACCGCGAUUACCUCCUUACGACGCUCUGCAAGAGAAUGCAGGAGGCGUCUAAUGACGGAAAUGGUACGGUCAGCAGCUCCAUGAAUAGUAGCAGUGGGGGGAAAGGAACGGUGUCGGCAUCUUCAGAGGCCGGGAGUUUAGAUGCCAAGGAGCUUGGCAACUUGCCGGAAGUGCGAUGUUUUGUGUACGACGCGAUGCGUGCGGCGAGCUUCCACCGCUACCACAAAGUGCCGGAGGAGGACCGGCAGCGGUUGUAUGCCGUGGCAGAGCGUCUCGGUGUGGAAGAGGAAGUGACUCGCGGCAUUUGGCAACUUGUGGAAAAGGAGGGGGCCGUUCAGCGGGAGAAGCAGCGGGCCCUUGACUACCCGUGGAGUGACUGA